AUGGAAGAAAGAAGAUUUUUGUGCGAAAUAUCAACAAAUUUCAGGCAGUACGAUGACGAUUGGUUUUUUGGAUUAGAAGACGACGCACUGAAAUGCUCAAGUUCACCUCCGCCACCGAACGCGGCAGCCGCCGAUAUGGCGUUGACAGUGCCAAUGCGCACGUCGCCGUCACCGUCGACCCAAAUGACGAAUAUCCCGAUGAAUGAGGCAAAACCUCCGUUCAUGCAGACUCAAGUAGUACCUCCCGCUCCAAAACUGUCGUCACCCUUGUCAUCGUCAGGCACCGCUGCAUCGUCCUCUCAAUCGCAAUCGCAAUCCCAAUCGCAGUGUGAACCACAAUUCAUCACAUUAAGAAAUCAUAUACCUCCUUCAUCUGUUGAUCCCAUAAUGCCCUCACAAGUUCAUCAACAAGAUCUGUUAGCAACGACAUCCAACUACACGGCUGCUAACCCGAAUAACCCAAAUAAUGCCAGCGUUCCGAACAACGAACUCGGUAUUAUUGACUAUGAGUUAUGUAAUAGUAGUGAACUCACAACGAUGCUACCUGUACAGUCUACAUCACCUGUUAUUAUCACGAAACAACAACAGCAAAUCGACAUUCAAAUGCAGCAACCGUCAACAUCAGCCAUUCAACAUAACGGUUAG